AUGACUUCUACAUUUGAGUUACAAAUACCAAAGUCCAAAAAAUGGGAUGACCCAAAUCCAUCAGAUGCAAUGCCUCCAUUUCAAAGCGAACAUUAUGAUGCUUUUAUCCCAAAUACUUCAGGAUUUAAAAUGCAAAAGAUUGUUAACUUAAUAGAAAAAGAUGGAAAGCUCUUUUUAGAAGUUGAAAUUCCAAACGAACCAGAAACAAGAGAGGUGGAUUUAAAUAUGAUGAGAAUAAUGUAUCCAGAAUUAGUUGCCGAGUUUUUAGCAGAAAAGUACCUCGAUUAA